GCCUUAUCAGCGGACAGCAGGAGGGGCCGGGCCGGGCCCCCAUUUAGGCGGGCCGCGUCUCAUGGGGCAGCGCCGCCGGAGGCUGUGAGGUGCCGCCCUCUCCCGCUCGGCGCGGCAAGGCAGCAGCAGCAGUAGUUCUCGCCGCCGCCAGCACCGGCCGUUUGCUCUAUGGCGGGCUUGGUUCCGCGCCUGCCCUUGCUGCUGCUGCUGUGGCGGCGGCGGACCCUGCAGUGCCCAUCCUGGGCUCGAGCUCCCUUCGGCACCGCCGCCGCCGCCAGAGGAUGGGCCGCCGCGUCGCCGCACGCGGCAAGCAGGUGCGGACAAGGCAGAGUGGCGGCCGCCGCGCCCGGCUCCCUCCGCCUUGUGCCGCGCUCCGCCGCAUCCUCCUGGGCAGCCGCGGCCGGCAGCCCCCACAAAAAAGCGGGCGACUCGCAAGGAGCCGCGCUGCCCCUGGCUGCUGGGCCCGGCGGCGAAGUAUCGGACGCCAAGCGGCUUUGGGCCCUGGCGCAACCUGAGCGCUGGAGACUGACAGCUGCUGUCGGCUUUCUGACUGUUUCCAGUGUCAUCACCAUGUCUGCCCCUUUUUUCUUGGGGAAGGUGAUUGAUGUCAUUUACACAAAUCCCACGGGUGACCUUGCUGACAACCUAACCAACCUCUGUGCCUUGCUAAGUGGAAUAUUUUUCUGUGGUGCUGCCGCCAAUGCAAUCCGCGUCUACCUCAUGCAGACUGCAGGACAAAGAAUUGUGAAACGACUGAGAGCCACAAUGUUUUCCUCUCUCUUGAAACAAGAAGUAGCUUUUUUUGACAAAACCAGCACUGGAGAACUGAUUAAUCGCUUAUCUUCAGACACAGCACUCUUGGGCCGUUCAGUCACUGAAAAUCUUUCUGAUGGGCUAAGAGCUGGGGCUCAGGCCUCAGUUGCAGUUGGGAUGAUGUUUUUUGUCUCUCCCAAACUUGCCACAUUUGUUCUGAGUGUGGUGCCACCUCUGGCUUUCAUAGCUGUGAUUUAUGGAAGGUAUUUGCGAAAGCUGACUAGAAUGACGCAGGAUUCCCUUGCAGAAGCAACGCAGUUAGCAGAAGAACGGAUUGGGAAUUUAAGGACAGUUCGAGCUUUUGGGCAAGAGUUAAAUGAAAUGGAGAAAUAUAGGAGCAAAGUUGACUAUGUGCUACAGUUGGCCAAAAAGGAAGCCGUAGCUCGAGCAGGAUUCUUUGGAGCAACUGGGCUAUCUGGGAAUUUGAUUGUGCUCUCUGUUCUGUACAAAGGAGGAUUACUGAUGGGCAGUGCCCAUAUGACUAUUGGUGAACUGUCUUCUUUCUUAAUGUAUGCCUUCUGGGUUGGCAUAAGCAUUGGAGGUUUAAGUUCUUUCUAUUCUGAGCUAAUGAAAGGAUUAGGUGCAGGAGGACGCCUCUGGGAACUUAUUGAUCGAAAACCAGGACUUCCUUUUAAUGAGGGAAUAGCGUUAAACCAGGAUGCUUUCAAAGGUGCUUUGGAGUUCAGAAAUAUCCAGUUUGCUUAUCCAACACGUCCAGAAGCAUUCGUUUUUCAAGACUUUACCCUUAACAUCCCAGCUGGCUCUGUCAUGGCAUUGGUUGGCCCAAGUGGCUCUGGCAAAUCGACUGUUGUGUCUCUCUUGCUUAGGCUUUAUGAUCCAAUCUCAGGAGGUAUCACUGUCGAUGGUGUUGAUGUUCGUCAGCUCAACCCACUGUGGUUCAGGACUAAAAUCGGAACAGUAAGCCAGGAACCGAUUCUGUUCUCGUGCUCUAUUGCCGAAAACAUUGCCUAUGGUGCAGAGGACCCUUCUACGGUAACUACUGAAGAAAUUGAGAGAGUUGCUGAGAUCGCAAAUGCUUCUAGUUUUAUCCGAAAUUUCCCGAAAGGAUUCCACACUUUAGUUGGAGAAAAAGGUGUUCUUCUUUCAGGUGGGCAGAAACAACGAAUUGCAAUUGCUCGAGCUCUUCUCAAGAAUCCAAAAAUUCUUCUUCUUGAUGAAGCAACAAGUGCUUUGGACGCUGAAAAUGAAUUCCUUGUCCAAGAAGCGUUAGAUCGGCUUAUGGAAGGGAGAACUGUCCUCAUUAUUGCUCAUCGUCUAUCCACUAUUCAGAAUGCUGAUUCUGUUGCAGUUCUUGAUCAAGGCAGAAUUAUUGAGUGUGGGAAGCAUGAAACACUGCUGGCAAACCCAAAUGGACUUUUCAGCAAACUAAUGAAAAAACAGUCUUUUAUCCAGCACAGUGAAAAUGUAAAAUCCUGAAAGAAAAAUCUUUUUAAAAAAACCCGGUAUGAAAGAGUAUAAUGAAUGGAAAUUAACACAUUUCCAAGAAUUUUAAAUUAUGUUUCAAUUUAUGUACAAUAAAAGUUAUAUAUAUUUUCUAGUGUGUUCCAAAUAUCUCAAAAGUUGGUUGCGCUAAACUUUUUAUGCAGAGCUUCAAAUUAUUUUAUUCUUGUGAAGAUAUCUAACAUGGGAUUAUUUUCAGACUGUAAAUAUUUUUUCUGCUGCUUUGAUUAAUAGAUAUGUUAUGGGUGUUAAUGGUUUUAACCGUGAGCUUUGUCAAGACUCUGAGGCCAUAGCUAGACCUAAGGUUUAUCCCAGGAUGAUCCUGGGUUCGUCCCUGCCUGAGCGCUGGAUGCCCUGUGUGGCACUUAGAUGAACAGGUUUGACCCAAGGACAAUCCUGGGAUAAACCUUAGAUCUAGCUACGGCCUGAGUGCAUUUGUACACAAGGCAUUUAUCUUGUGGUUGUCAUUUCCUAUUCAGGAUUGUUUAUAGGUUCUUUAGACAAUGUUGUGACCUUCUAGUUUUGCUUCUGAAACUAACCAGAACUUUCAGCAAGUUUUUUUAGAACAGGGAAAAUGUGAAAAGAAAAAGUGAAAGAAAGUGUGGUUUCCUCUUGUGUAUUUGAGUUAUUUCAGUAUAUCACAGUGCCACCUAGAGGUUAUGCAAGAACAAAUGUAGUGCUAGGGUCUCAAUUCUGCAACAAAACAGAAAGUAGAAAUGGAUUAACAACCUUGUGUAGAAAAGCUCUAAUUUUUCCAGCUGAUUUGAAAUUGUAGGAAAAUAAAAUCACACUAAGUUCUGGAAUCCAUUCAGGUGGACCCAGGGAUCUAUUCGCAGAACUUCCCAUUCAUGGAAAUUAUUUUCAUCUAUUUAUCUUCACCCUCCGAAAAUCUGCUCCAGAGCAUUGGAAGACCCUCCAGAACAGUGUGGCAAGUGACACAGCAGGCUGCUGGAGAAAAUGGGUAUUUUAAUUUUUCUGGAAGCGCGAUUUACAAUAUGUAUUUCAUAAAACCUGGCAGAGGGCAGCUUAGCUUUCAAGAAUAUCUUUUGAAAUUAGCUCGGCAGUUUACCUAAUUUCUGCUAAUGAAAAGUGAACACAAGGUCCAUUUUCCAUGUCAAAGGUCAUCCCCAUGCUUUGUAUUCCUGCCACAAGUUCAGUUGUGGGACUUUUGCUUAUCUGUCUUUUUAAUAGGAAUUGUCUCAUUUCUACUCAUUUCUUUUGUAAACCGCCGAGAGCUUCAGCUAUUGGGCGGUAUAGAAAUGCAAUAAAUAAAUAAAUAAAUACCUUUAAAAUAUGUGAAAAACUGUGGGUUCACAAAAAAAAAUCCAGAAAUUCUGCACAGAAUGAUAUAAUUGGAUACAACCUGGAAUGACUAGACCAGCUCCUAGCUGUUGUGUCUGCAAAUGCCCUGUAUAUCUAGAGUGCAAUGUAUUUUGUAGCCUGCUAGCUGGGUGACUUGAAUCUCAAUUGACUUGCUUGAAGUUCAUUUCAUGCAGCAUUUUACAACUGUGUAGGCAAGAGUAUGGUCCCUUAGUCCUUCAAAAAAUAUUUUUUACAAUCAAUAAUUCAGUGGUAUCUGCAGGGAACAGUCAGAGUGAAGUAAAGUAAUAAGCAAUUCAGAGUCUAAACAAGUUCAUUUUCAAUAUAGCUAGUUGACUUUGAUAUAAGUGUGUGUUUUAAAUUUGUUUUAAAUUUAUGCGUGUUUUAAAUUUGUUGGUUUUUUAUGCUCUUCAUGGUUUUUAAUUUUUGUGAACCGCCCAGAGAGCUUCAGCUAUUGGGCGGUAUAAAAAUGUAAUAAAUAAAUAAAUAAGAGGAAAGGUUUUUUUAAAUGAUUUUUGCUACAUUCUUUGAUAUUUAUUUUCCAAUGUCCUGUUGUCAGUAAUAUUUUGUAUUAUGAUUAAAAAGUAUUAAUAAACCAUAUAUUACAGCUGC